AUGUUGGAUAAAUCUUGUGAUCAACUGCGAGUAAAUAAGUGGGAUGGGCCAAGCGUAAGAAACACAAUUGAUGAUGCAAUUAGAAAGAUUUUCAAUGAAAAAUAUGAUACUUGGACAGAGAGACAUACGCUAGCAGAUGGACGGUUACUAAUAUCUACUAUUGCUGUUGGUUUUGCCGCUAUUGCCCUCAUAUACGAUUAUUAUGAGCCAUUUCCAAAAUCGAAACCGGUGCUUGCAACAUGUUCCAUUACAUAUUUUAUAUUAAUGGGUGUUUUACAACUCUAUCAGUGGUAUAUUGAAAAAGGUACUUUUUAUCAAGCCGUUGAAAUAGAUCCAAGUGAACGGACUCCGAAAAGAUAUUGGAAAUGGUCAUCAUCGAUCAAAAAAUAUGAUGACAAAUAUAUCCUAGAAGCCGAGUAUAUGCAAGAACCGCGUACAGGAUACAUCAAAGUCCUGAAAUCUAUAGGAGCAUUCAUAGAUGAAGAAGGUGUUAUUGUUCUGCCACUCCUGGAAAAAGAAUUAGCACAUAUUAUUAACAGUGUAUUAAGAAAAGACGGAUGA